AUGGAUUAUAUUAAAGUCACGAAAGUAGAUGAUGUGAUUCUUCACAGACGAGGGAAUUCUUUUAAAGGUACUUUGCAUCUAACCACGCAUCAUUUAAUCUUUGCAUCAGAAUCACUUAGUAGAGAAUUUUGGGUUUCAUAUCCAAUAAUUACAUCAGUCUUUAAGAAUAAAGGCAGUGCUUUAUUCUCAAAAGAGAAAGUUUAUAAGGAGACUAAUUUGGUGAAUAAUGAUAUUGUAACUAAUGAACUUAAUAAUUUUACUAAUCUGAACACACUAAAUAUAACAACAAAUGAAAACGUCAAUAAAUGGUAUGAAGGUCGAGAUCUUUGGAGCUUCACAAAUAUAAAGAUAAUAGGAAAAGAUUACACUGUUUUUUCUAUAGACUUCUUAUUUGAAGAAGAUGCCAAAAAUGUUUACGAUACGUUACUAAAAUUAACAGUAUUAGAUGAUAUUUCCCAAUUGUAUGCAUUUAUCUAUAAACCAAAUAAAACAGAAUUACAAUAUAACAGCUGGGAUAUAUAUGAUGAAGUCAGUGAAUUUUCAAGACAAGGGCUUGAUUUAGAAUCAGAAUCUUGCCCAUGGAGAAUUUCAAGCAUUAAUUGUGAUUAUGAUUUCUCAAAAACUUAUCCAGAUAAAAUAAUUGUCCCCAGAAACGUUUCCGAUUCUACUUUAAAAUAUGCAUCAAAAUAUAGAUCCAAGGAAAGAAUACCAGUACUAAGUUAUUUUUAUAAAAAAAACAAAUGUUCCAUUAUUAGAGCAGCCCAACCUUUACCGGGACUGACCAAACAAAGAUCAAUUCAGGAUGAGACUUUGGUUCUUUCAAGCUUUAAUUGUUCACAUCUAAACACAUCUGAUCAGAAAAAUGACCCCAUUAAUGCAGCUAAUAAAUACACACAUUCAGAUAGAAAUAUAAUUGUUGAUGCAAGACCAGUCGCAAAUGCCUUUGGUCAAACUGCAUUGGGUGGUGGGACAGAAAAUAUGGACAAUUAUAAUUACAAGAAUACUUGCCAAAGGAUGUUUCUAGGCAUUGAUAAUAUUCACGUUAUGUCUUCAACACUUAAUUAUGUUGUUGAGAAUUAUAUGGUCGAUGGUGAUUUGAACUUACCAAUUGAUUCACAAUUAUUGAAUUCAAAUAAAGGUUCGAAUUGGAUAAAAUAUGUACGACUAAUACUUUCAUCAACAGAUACACUAUUAAAGUCUAUGGUGUUCAAUAAUUCUAACCUUCUCAUCCAUUGCUCUGAUGGUUGGGAUAGAACUACCCAAGUCUGCUCGCUUAUACAGUUAUGCUUAGAUCCAUAUUUUAGGACCUUCGAAGGAUUUAUGGUUUUAGUUGAAAAAGACUGGAUAUCAUUUGGUCAUAAAUUUUUGGAACGAUCUGGUCACCUAAGUUCUGAAAGUAUUUUCCACGAUAACACCGUUGGUUACAAAGAUAUAUUUACCAUGAGCCCCAAUAAUGAUUCACCGUUUAACGAUGAUGACGAUGAUGAUGAAGAUAUAUUGUUUGAGAAAGAGGAAGGUAUUUUCCCUAGUAUAGAUGGACUCAAAAAUUUCUCUUCAUCAGGUAUCCUAUCGCUUGACUUAGUUACUAAGUUCUCUGGUCACUUUAAGAAGAAGAAAGAGAAAAGAUCUUUAAAAUUUACAUCCCCAGUAUUCCAACAAUUUUUAGAUUGUGUUUACCAACUAAUAAUCCAGAAUCCUAAUAAAUUCGAGUUCAAUGAAAGAUUUAUAAGGAGACUAGUUUACCAUUUAUAUUCAUGCCAAUAUGGCUCAUUUUUAUCAAACAAUCAACACGAUAUGAAAGCUAACGACAUCUUUUCAAAGACAAGAAGUGUUUGGGAUUAUUUUAGGUGCCGCGAAGCUGAAUUUAUAAAUAAAAAUUACAUCAGACCUGAGUCUGAUUUAAAUGGGCCCAAAAAAGUUUCUUCGAUAGAUAACACUUUUACUUCUGACCAACAUGACAAUGAUUUAGUUUUCCCUGAUUUAACAAAUAUUCAGUGGUGGUGGCAGUUAUAUGGUAGAAAAGAUAACGAAAUGAAUACUAUCCAUAGGAAUUCCGAGGAAACACAAAAUAUAAAUAAUCACACAACUGAUAAUAUGAUGGAAAAGAAUAAUAAUAUUUCAAAAUACUUACCCUUUGGGUUAGAAAUAUUUGGUAAAAAGUAA